AUGGCUCCCGACCAGAAACUCCCUUGGGUGCGCUUGCCAGAACCCUACAAGACCUCAUAUGCCCUUCAAGUCCUCUCUGUGGAACAUGGCCUGCGGACCUUCCAACUGCGGCGUGCAGCUCGUGUGGACGACGGCAUCCCCCCCCCUGUGUCUCUUGAUCAUGCCUCGUUAAAAUUCACAGACCUGGCUCAGCCCGAUUCGUCCAUUCCUCCGCUCGGAAACAACUCAGCCUGGGCUCGCGCUCAACGAAGUCCAAUCACCAAACUCAGCUGGGACAGUGCCGACGCACCGUCAGUCGGACAAAUCUGGAACAUCGUCUACGCCCUCCUUAUCCUCUACACAGAUUUCGAGAUCUUUCGCGUUGUCCUCUCAGGAGAGGGCAAGGAGCUUCUAGCACAAGAACUGCAGGCAGUUGGUCUGGCCACGGAGCACCCCAGCCCUUCUGCUCCCCCGGGCCAGCCAGUGCCAGAAUCUACAGACCAUGUCGGCCAAUUGGUCGUCUUCCGCAGCAUGUUUUGGCAGGGAGCUGGCUCUCCGUUUGGAACGAGACCGGCGUGGGUUGUUGGUUCUGAGACUGGUAAGCCUUUACGGAAGUCUGCUGUAGCUUACCCGGCAUUUCCGGUUCAACAUACUUUGACAACCAGAUUCCCCGAUGUCCGUGUCCAUGCUGUCCACCCCAUUCGCCCCGCCAAGCCAGCCCAGGGCUCGCGCAUCUACAGUCGCUACAUUCCACAUUUGGAUGAGUUCUUUUCUAUUUGGGUGCUGGACUACACCAAUGAGGAGCAUCUGAAGUUGUUCAACAAGUGGCAGAAUGACCCCCGGGUGGCUCAGGGUUGGAACGAGACAGGAACCCUAGACCAGCACCGUGAGUAUCUGCGCAAGAUUCAUGAGGAUCCUCAUCAGAUGGCCGUGCUUGCCAAGUUCAACGAUACUUUCUUCUCUUAUCAUGAAAUUUACUGGGCUAAGGAGGACCACCUAGGAGCCAACUACAACGCAGAUGACUACGAUCGCGGCCGCCAUUCCCUCGUUGGCGACCAGCGUUUCCGCGGACAACACCGUGUAAUGGUCUGGUGGUGCAGCAUCAUGCAUUACAUGUUCCUCGACGAGCCACGCACAAAAUACAUUGUAGGCGAGCCCAAAUUCACCAACCUCGCGCCACUAGCCUACGAUCACGCCACGGGCUUCAAUAUCGAGAAACUAGUCGACCUACCGCAUAAGCGGUCUGCACUGGUGAAGUGCCCGCGAGAGAAAUUCUUCCACAUUUCACCAUUCCGGUUCGAUGGGUCGGAUCAUUUGGAACGGAAUCCAUUUCGAGCUUUCAAACUGUGAUGCUGAGAUGUACUUUUUCUUGGUUAAUUUAGCGUGAGUCAGUUGUUGGUGUAGCAGAGUGGAAUUUAAU